AUAUACAUAGAUACACACAUACACACACGCCGUGUCCCUCCUCCUCCUCCUCCGAGCACAGGGCUGACAACAGACAGACCCCCAUUCUGCUGCCUUUUCCCUACAGCAGAACAACAAUACUACAAGUUAACUAAUUGCUUAGCAGGACAAAAUCAGAGGCAAGGAAUCCAGCAGCAGGACUACAAAGAUCUGUGGAAUAACUACUUUGUUACCUUCCUGACUUACUCUGUUACAGGGUUGCUUACAGCCGGUUUUAUUGCUGCAGGCUGUUUGCUGCUUGCUGCUGCUGCUGCCUUUUGGAGGAGUUUAUUUUCACUUGAGAUAUAUUUGGGGUUUGUGUCUUAACCACAAACGGAUGUGAAGGAGAAAGGUGUUUCUGUGCAAGCUGAAAUACCUCUUGCUACUUCUUUCAGCCAGCAGGGUUCUGGGUUUUCCUUUCAGCUUGUUGGACAUAACAUAAGAGAGGAAUUGCUUGAUGUGUACAGUGAAAUGGAUGUAAGAUUUUAUCCACCACCAGCACAGUCUGCUGCAGCCUCUGAUGUUCCUUGCCUGGGACCUUCUUCUUGCUUGGACCCCUACUACUGUAACAAGUUGUAUGAACAAAGAACAUGGAGCAAGAUUUACGCAGAUCAGUUUGAUGGAGAGAACAUGUAUAUGAGCAUGACAGAGCCAAACCAGGACUAUGUGCCAGGAAGCCAGUCAUAUCCUGGCCCUAGUCUAGAAAAUGAAGACUUUAACAUCCCACCAAUAACACCACCUUCACUGCCAGACCAUACACUCGUGCCAUUGUCAGAAACAGAAAGUGGUUUCCACUCCCUGUGUCACCCAGUGAACCAAAAUGGUCUUCUUCCAUUCCAUCCUCAGAACAUGGAUUUACCAGCAAUUACUGUGUCCAAUAUGCUGGGUCAAGAUGGCUCUCUGCUAGCAAACUCCUUGUCAGUGAUGCAAGAGCUGCAAAAUUCUGAAGGUACACAAUAUCACUCACAAAUGGCAGCUAUGAGACCAAGGGCCCAGCCUCCAGAUAUCAGACAGUCAGGAAUGAUGCAACAUGGCCAGCUGACUACAAUCAAUCAAUCACAGCUCAGCGCUCAGCUUGGACUCAAUAUGGGAGGAAACAAUGUUGCCCAUAAUUCACCAUCUCCUCCUGGAAGCAAAUCGGCAACCCCUUCACCAUCUAGUUCAGUGCAUGAAGAUGAAGUGGAUGAUAAUUCAAAAAUCAGUGGAGCAGAAAAGCGUCCAGCCCCAGAUAUGGCAAAGAAGCCUAAAACUCCAAAGAAGAAAAAAAAGAAGGACCCCAAUGAGCCCCAAAAACCAGUUUCCGCCUAUGCAUUAUUUUUCCGAGACACACAGGCAGCCAUUAAAGGCCAAAAUCCAAAUGCUACUUUUGGUGAAGUUUCCAAAAUAGUUGCCUCAAUGUGGGAUGGACUUGGAGAGGAACAAAAGCAGGUAUACAAAAAGAAAACUGAGGCUGCCAAAAAGGAAUAUCUGAAGCAGUUGGCUGCAUACAGAGCAAGCCUUGUAUCCAAGAGCUACAGUGAUCCUGUUGAUGCCAAGGCAAUGCAACCUUCUCAAAUGAUGAAUGCUAAAGCACCAAUUUUUCAUGGGACCACACAAGCACAUUCCACAUUGUAUCUUAAUUCACCCUACCACCAGCAAUCAGCAAUAAGUCCUCACCUAUCUGCAAUGCAUCCUGGGAUAAACAGGAACAUUGCACCCAAACCCAACAACCAAAUGCCAGUGACUGUUUCUCUAGCAAGCAUGGCGGUUUCUCCACCUCCCUCACUUCAAAUGAGUCCACCUCUCCAUCAGCAUAUUCACAUGCAGCAACACCAGCCCUUCUCAAUGCAGCAGUCUAUUGGAAACCAGCUACAGAUGCAAGGACAGACAUCUUUGCAUUCACCAGCAAUGCAGCAGGGCUUUUCUCUUCAGUCAGAAUAUCACAAUCUUAUCAGCCCAACAUCUACAGCUGCCCAAGUUGUCACACAAGCGAUGGAGUAUGUUCAUUCAGGCUGCAGGAAUCCUCCAGGACAAGCUGUAGAAUGGAACAAUGACUACUGCAGUAAUGGGAACAUGCAGAGGGACAAAGCACUCUACCUCACCUGAACAUAGGAAUCAAACAAGGAAAACUUUUCAGAUGAGGACAGCAGGGACAGCAUUUGUCAAAGGAUUGCAUUAUGCAAUCGUAACCCUUUUGCAUUUCAUUUUUUCCAUUUUUUUUUUAGAAAAUACAAGUUGCUAAGCACUUAUGACGUUUGUGUUUGUGGGUUAUCCACCCUGGGAAGAAUAGUCUUGCUUCUUUAAUUUUACUUUCCAAAAUCCAUUUCAGAACGUGAUUUCACCCCCCCCCCCUUUCUAAACGGAAAUUGGACCAUCCAAAGUUUCUGCUGAUUUUGCUGUGAAGUGCUGCACUAGUUACUGCCUUAGCAACUGCAAAUCUCUGGAUUCUCCAUUGGUUUUCAUAAUAAUUUGUUUAUAUAAAAAUACAGAGAACUUUUCCAAUGGCUUAAUGUAGCACUCAUAGCAAGGUUGUAAAUAGCACCUAUGUCCACUCUCCACAAUAUAAAAAUGUGAAUGUUUUGUAGCUAAAUUUCAGUUUGAGGUUGGUUCCUUCCAGUUUAUUCACUCUAAAGAAUAAAACUGGCAAACAUUCAUAUUUUUACGUGUUUUCUAAUAUGUAAUAUGUCUAUAUUUUCAAAACAUUCUGGAGAAAGUGUUUCUCUCCAGGAAUGAUGAAAGAACGAGUUUGGCUUUGCUGAUUAGCAGAGAGAGUACAGCAAGACAUAGAGAACAUAAACAAAUUUAUUUUCUACUGCAUUACAAUUGCUUUUUUUUAAUCACUCCUUGUGUAAUUGUUAGUAAAUGUCAUUAUGUCCUUAUAUGUAUAAAACUGCCAAAAGCUUACAUGUUAUUUUACUAGAUGCAGAAACAGACUGGAAACAGCUAAAUUAUAACUUUGGUAUAUGGCUCUGUAUUUUUUUUCCCUCCAUACUGUGUCUGUAUUUAAUCUUUUUUUUAUGAAGCCUGUUGCGCCUAUUUAUGAAAUAAUAAAUCUAGGUGUUUGUAAGUAAUUUUCUUAGCAUCUUAAGUUGCUGUUCCAACUUUGGCUUGGAAAAAUGGUUUGUAGCUCACAUGAACCCGUAUUCUUUCUGUUGUAACAAAUAAUAAAACCAAAUGCAGUUUUAAAGUACAAAAUAAAAAUGAUCAAUAUUUA